GGUGUUUGUGCAGAAAUCUGACUCACACUGAGGACAUGGGAGUCACCUAUGGAAAGAAGAGAGACCUGCAAAGUUUUCCAGGUAGAAGUGAGACAUACCUGAACGGGUCGGCCUCAGUGAUGCAGGCGCAUCAAAAUGAACAGGAAGAUCGAUGCCCAAAGCUUCAGGCCUUCAUUCCACCUCAGCUACAGAGUGAGGAGGAGAGUGUUCACCUCAUCAGACCCAGAAAACCUCUCAGUCCCUUAACUGCCUCCAAGAGCCACCAGGAGCUCCACAAAGAGCUGCGGAUGACUCACAAUAGGAGGGUGUGUCAAGAAGGAAAAAGUGAACUCCAGCAAGUUCUAGAAAAGAGAAAAUGGGACCAAAAGAAGAAGGCGAGCAGAGAUCAGGAGGAGGCAAAGAGGAACAGAUCACCAUUUCAUCAAGAGCUGUUGAGAAGACAUCAUAGGCUAGAAAAACUGGAGAGCGAGGAGACAGGGCAGCAGCGAGAGGAGCUAGAGUUCCUGCGAGUGAAAGAGAGACUGAGGAGGACAGCAACGUUGGAUGCAGGAGAAAAAGAAGUGUGAUGGUUAUGAUUCAUGACGGCAUGUUUUCUGUUGACAGUCAACACAAUGGACUAGUGGGAGUAAGUGACAGUGUGGAGAA